AUGUUGAUGCCGUUUUUCAAUCCGGUGGAUUUGAGGAUACGAGCAGCAUCUGUCGAUCCAAGUAUUCGCUCUCCCAACUAUGCUCCCCUCUACGCCAAUGUCUAUAAAUUUGCAACACCAGACCCGCUAAGAUAUAAGAUGCCACCUCCCAUCACCACAGUAGCUCGCGACACUGUAUCAAGACUAACAACAAAGUCUCAAUCGAGUCAAUCCGGCAAAACGUAUCGCUUCAAUCCUUUCAAGAAAGGCACUACAAUCAGCAGCAAUAAAGUUCCUGGUCCUGUCAGUAGCCCUGAGCCUAGAACUUUAGCCAUUAAUAGACCCCCCUCCGCUGUCACCAGCAGCAGAAGCAGCACUGAUACCACAGGUCAAGCACAUAUGCCUACAGGCCCAUCAAGACAUUCUAUGAUCCAGGCUCCAUUUUCGGUUAUCCAGUUUCUUGGUUCGCCGGUUGUCUACAUCUAUCAUUUGUUCAAAAAGGACGUACUAGCAAGUACCAGGUACUCGAAAGAAAAAUCUAAACCACAGCAGCACCCGCUUGUCUCAGAGAUCUGUCAAGUUUUGGCUAGUGGUGGCAUUCAUUAUCCUGACUGUAAUUCCGUCAGUGCAGACAGAGAGGAGAUGCUCAAGGAAACGGUAUCAACAUGGACUGUGGAAGACAAAAAUGGCGUCAAGUGGAGGCGAGUUAGUGAAGGAAAGGAUGAAGGGUGUGUCUUUUACCUGCAGGCUGAUCCCACGCCCCUAAAAAUGUCUGCUACUUCUAACAAAGAUGGCACCACAGAUAUCAGCUAUUACACCAGGCAUACUGUAGGAAAGUAUUGCCCCAAAGAUGAAAAUGAUAAAGAAGGAGUCCGUCAAUUCUAUGACAGCUUGUUAGGAUACAGUUGUAAACCAUCUACAUUUGACAUCUUUGUAAACACAAAGGUGUUGUUCAACUACACGCUGAAGAAUGUGGUUGAAUUCAUGUUCCUGGUGGAUGCUUUUGUGCUCGCUGCAAAGAAGGUAUUCAGUGUCUAUAACUACCGAUAUUGGUCGUUCAGAGUAAUCUUGUCACUCUAUCUCGCCUUUUACUUGGGGUACACUUAUUACACUAACGAGUAG